CAGAUGGGAAAACCAAAAAAUAAUAUCAGGGAUUAUUGUUUUUAUCACACAUGCGCCAGUAUAUAAGGCGUUAUAUUUUCUCAAUCACUAGAAGUGUGGUAGUCAAUCCUUCAAAAUGCGUACUCUGGUGCUAUUGCUCUUGGGAGCUGUGUUCGUGGCAGCUGAGCCGAGGAACCAGCAAAGGAUAGUGGGUGGUACCACUACCACUAUUACUCAGUACCCGUACAUGGCAGCUUUGCUGUGGAGCCCCACUGGAACGAUCUUCCCUCAGAACUGCGGAGGUUCUAUCAUCACCACAACUACCAUCCUGUCAGCUGCCCAUUGCUUCAUCGGCGACACAGAAAGGAACUGGCGCAUCCGAGUCGGCUCCACCUACGCCAACAGCGGCGGCACCGUGUUUGCCACCAGCCGCAUCAUCCGGCACCCCAGCUACAGCCAGUUCUCCCACAACCACGACGUGGCGCUUCUCAAAGCCCAGGGCACCUUCGUCCUGGGCACCAACGUGCAGCUCGGAGUCAUCGCCGGCGGUAACUACAUCUUGCCCGACAACUCCGUCGUCUGGGCUGCCGGAUGGGGUCACACUACCUUCGGCGGCGUAUCGUCUGAGCAGCUGCGCCACGUGCAAGUGUGGACCGUGAACCAGCAAGUGUGCCGGUCCCGCUACGGAUCCGUCAUCACCGACAACAUGCUGUGCUCGGGCUGGCUGGACGUGGGCGGCCGCGACCAGUGCCAGGGCGACUCCGGCGGCCCCCUGCUCCACAACAACGUCAUUGUGGGCAUCACCUCCUUCGGUAGGGACUGCGCGCUUGCCUACUACCCCGGGGUCAACGCUCGCGUGUCCCGCUACACCUCCUGGAUCCAGAACAACGCGUAAAAGUCUGAGUUGACUACAGAUAUCAUGGAUUUUAUAAAUAAAACAUAUUAAAAUCCUU